UUACAAUGGGACAUAAAGGGGAUGGAGCAGGACUGUCAAAUGAUGGACAUGAAUGCUUUGUUUUGGAAAUAUCUUAUGAAGAUUUUUAUAAGUUGCUUCAAGAAAUGAGAGACAUGUUUAUGCUUCUAAGAAAGAAAAGCAUGAAUUAG